CAAACUGCGAAUGCGACUCGAGACUCGAGUCUCAAGUUGCGCGUAGUCGGCCAGUGCACUCCGGUGUCGAAACCGGGCGAAACGAUCGCGGGUCUCGUCGCGAUUCGCCGCUGCCGCAUAUCGCGGAAUACACGGAAUAACUAACGAGGGGCGCGCGCGCACGCACGCGUACGGUGCGAUACGUGUUGCAAUACGUGCCGCUGGUUGCCCCCUGUACGCGAGCCCGGCACGGCUCGCCCAUUCGCAAGUGAUUUACGAGCGCGAUGACGCGCGACGUCCAACAACGAUGGACACGUGCUAGCGCGAAUCGCACGAAUGACGAGUCGCAUAAAGUGCGCCGCGGAAUCGACCCCCCUCCCCGCGCCACGUCGCACGCUCCCGCGCGUUAUCGCUGACGACGUGUGCCGCGUUAAUGCGCCGCGGCGGAAUCAGCGUUCGACGCGCGAUCGACAUAACCUCUAGUAAUCUUUACGCGGCCUCUCGUACGUGUGUACACGUGCGUUAUGUGCGCGUACGCGUUGCAUACGUAACGUGCUCGGUUUUUUACUUCUUUUCCUCUCUCUCUCUUUCCCUCGCGUCCAUCCACGUCGCAGUACUCGCGCGAGAGUUUGCGGUUACGCACUCGCUCUAGCAGACAAUUCGUCGGCCUGGAUGCGCGGAGGCAACGGACCGCGGUGACGAGAGGAGGACUUUCGUGACACCUCGACUCGACGCGCCGCAAUCGAACACGAUCGAUAUCUCGGACCCGCUGCGGACUGCCUCGUCCUUCUCCGUCCGAGACAGGUGUACCGUCACGAUGAAACGUGACGGUUAGAGGAUGCCGUAGUCGUUUGACGCGUAUCGCGCGCUCUGAUAUAAAAUUAAAGGGACGCAGAGUAGACAGAUACGUUUUUCACUCACGGCAGAGAUUCAAGGUGGAGGAAGCGGAGCGAGGGCAACGCAAAAGGGAAUUUCACACUCGUACUGCUACUAUCUCGUUGUAUCUUUGCAGUAUCGCCGUUGCCGACGUGAGCGCUGUCGGGUGUUGUUAGGUCAGUUACGAGCGCGACCGGUUGUUGCCUGUAAUCGAGGGAUGUUGCUCAGCGAGGCGCAAACUCGGUGGUAGCUUGAAAUGUCUCGCAGCCUACCGGACAGAGUGGCCGGGCUCUACUAUGCCCACGGCCUGCUCUGCUCCUCUCAUCCUGUCAUUGUGAUUCCCGUGGCUAUAUCGGUUUUACUGUUAUGCUGCUACCCCCUCGUCAACCUACCCAUGCUGGGUAAUGCACCAAAAACCAUAAUAAACGACACCGUUAUACCGGUGAAUGGCACGGAGACCUCCGUGCUGUACGUUCAGCAAGUGGUACUGAGAGUCGGUGUGAUGCCAUGGAUGGAAGACCUCACGCUGAUGGAUGCCUUCAGGGGACCACUGUACGAGGUGUUCAAUCUUCUGGAAAUCAUCCAAAACUAUCAGCAUCCAGAAACAUCAAAGACACUUGGCCAGGUGUGCCUGCACAUUGAGGCAGUGAAGAAGAGGAACGGCAAAAAGUCGGAAAUAUUGCCGGAAUACAACUGUCUCGUUCUGUCGCCGGCGAAUCUGUGGCAACAAAGCAUGGAAUUGUUUGCUCAAGACACAAACCUCAUUAAUACAAUAUUUUCGUACCAGAAUCUUCAGAAAGGUAAAAUAAGCCUGGCGGAAGUAAUGUUUGGAAUGAACCUGAAGGAAACCGGUGUAAAGAGGCAUCCCGUUCGGGUUCGUCAGAGAAUUCUCCAGUACGCCGUAACGAUUUACCUGAAAGAGUAUGACAAUGAAUUUAUUAAAGGACUGCGGCACAGACUAAGGACCUACUAUCACUUGCACCAAAAUAUCGACAAUACCACGGACAAUGAUACGCACGACGAAACGUUGAACAUUUUCUACCCCGGUGAGUGCAACUACAGCGAGUUCUUCCCGCUGACGAUGACGUUCCUGGCCUUAUUCUGCUACGAGUACUUCCAAGUGCGGAAGAUCGAGCUAGUUAAAUCGAAAAUCGGCAUCGCGUUCAGUGCUACCGUGACAGUGAUGGGCUCGCUGGCCAUGACGGUAGGAGUGUGUUUCUUUUUCGGUUUGACUCUGAGUAUGAGCGCGAAGGAAGUAUUUCCCUACUUGGUGAUCAUCUUCGGCCUCGAGAACGUCCAGGUGUUAACCAAGAGCGUCGUUAGCACGCCCGCACAGUUAGACGUGAAGAUACGCGUCGCGCAGGCUCUGUCGAAGGAGGGGUGGUCCAUCACGAAGAACCUGCUCACCGAAGUGACCAUUCUGACCAUCGGUUUGUUCACUUUCGUCCCUGCCAUUCAGGAGUUUUGUAUAUUCGCCAUCGUUGGACUGUUGAGCGACUUCUUCCUGCAGAUGGUAUUCUUCUCGACGAUCCUGGCGAUCGAUAUCCGGCGCACCGAGUUGUCCAGCGAGAACUCCAAGUUCCACCUGUCGCACGUUCCGACAUCGCGCAAGCAACAAUUUACCACUACUAUCACCAACCGGAAGCCUCAGAUAUUCCGCUCGAAGUCGCAUCCGAGAUUGAACGGCCUGUCCACCGGCCCGACCAACGUCAUCGCCCCGAACACGCAGAACACCCAUGCCGCGAGCAAGAUACCCAAACGUUUGAGACUGGUGCACUUCUGGGCGCGCACGCGAAUCUUCCAACGUGCGUUUAUGGUGUGGAUGGUCGUGUGGAUCAGCAUGACCAUCAACGAUUACGGUCUCAUCGAGCACUUGAUACACCUCAGCGAGACGUUGAAACCGAUAUCGGAGACCGAUAUCGACGGAUAUACCGUCGACAAAUCCCAGCCGUUGAACAAUUAUGUUGAACUUGACACCGCAACACCUGUACCCGUGACACCCGCGACCGUAGCCCCGAAAAAUUUGAAUGAGCAGGACCUGACCAAUAACAUAACGGAAGAACUGAACAAGCUGAAACCUAUAGAUUUCCCGCCCUGGAACAGCUUGUCGUUGUAUCACUGGUCCUCGAUUCUCUCGAUGUACAACAUCUCAAUAGCCGGCGGCCGUGUAACGAUACUCCCGACGAUAAAGUUAUCGUACGUGGUGAACCCGCAAGUGGCGAGACGGAUCAGCAAUCCGAAAGACGUUCAACAGUUUCAGUGGCAGAGUUUCGCCACCGCCGCGCUGGACCCCCUAGAUUUUUCCGACAUGGAAGUACCAUCGAGACCGGAGGGCAGGGUAUUUAACACGGACGCGCCCUUCGUGCCAUCGAGUCCGAUGGAGAUAUUUCUGGCAGCUUUGUUAUGUCUCAUCAGCGUGAUCGUGGUCGCUUACACGAUGGUAGUGCUCUACCGCUGCAUCUGCUCGAGGAAUUACGCGGAGUGGCGGACCAGCUGGCAUCAGCAGGAGAAGACGCACGACUCCGUGACUCAGCUGGUGCUGGAGGCGGUGCCCCUCGUGAUGGAGGGACACACGCAGGAGGUGGAGUGUAUCGCCACGGACGGCAAUACGGUCGCCAGCACGUGCUUAGCAGGCCACAUUAGAGUCUGGGACUCGACGUCCGGCGAGCAGCUGGCGCACAUCGAUAGACGUCAGUUCUUCAGCGGUUCGCCCAAGAAUCUGAGUCAGAUGUCGCCGGACGCGGACGAGCUGAUGUCCGACUACGAGAGCGGUUCGCCACCCUCCAGGGGCGAGAUGGAAGCGGCGCAGUCGCUGGGAUUCUACUCGUCGGUCUCACCGGCGACGUAUCAGGGAAGACUGUCCCGCACCUACAACGCGCAGAGGAUCAACAGCAAUAACAAUAAUGACCAGAAGAGACGAUCCGUGGGGAACAGCCUGGAUUACGAUUAUCAGAUCGGCGAGUUUGCGAACAGCGACAAUAAGCAGAAACCUCGCUUACGCUGUAGCCUCGGGAGCGCCUACGAUCUCCCGGAUCUGAAACCGGCGAUCAACAUCAAGUUCUCGUCCGUGAAGUAUACGCCGUCGCAGAAGAAUUACGAACAAGGCUUCGACUUUGGGGAGCGAUAUAAAAUUCUGCUGGAGGAGCACAACAAGUCGAUCGACAAGAUGCAGAAGUCGGAGGCCAGGGAACAAUUGAACGUGAUGCCCGGGAGGUUAAAUAAUUUAGCCGGCAGCACGUCCUUCAUAAAUACCGAUCGCGCGAUACAAACCUCGCACGUCAUAUCGGCGAUCUGGUGCAUGGACUAUCAAGAAAAUCUCAUAGUGGUAGGCUGCGCCAACGGCAGCCUAGAAUUUUGGGAGGGCACCACCGGUAAAUUCAAGUGUCUCUUCGAUGAUGGAUCCGGGCUUGGGAUUUCCGCCGUCAGACUCGUCGGUAGUAGAGUAGUGGCGGCCAAAUUAAACGGAACCGUCGAUUUUUUGCAACUCGAGAGUUACAGCGAGGGUCAACAGAUCGAUUGGGGCUUCACGUCUUACAGAAGAACGCAUGUGCGAACGGGCAGUGCCGGUUCGCCCAUGGACUUCAACAAUAGCAUGCAAACGGAGGAAGACCUGCGUUGCAUGAAAAUUGGCUGUCACAGAGCGCAUCAGCAAGCGAUCACUGUCUUGGACAGUGAAGGCGGACGCGUGCUGACGGGGAGCCAGGACCACACUCUAAAAGUGUACAGGCUGGAGGAUCAGCUGCCUUUAUAUACUCUUCACGGGCAUUGCGGCCCGAUAUCGUGCCUGUUUAUUGACAGAAUAAGUCCUAUGACGUCCGGUAGCGGGUCCCAGGAUGGAUUGUUGUGCGUGUGGGAUCUCUUGACAGGAACAUGUAUGUAUAGUAUUCAAGCCCACGAUGGUGCUAUAGCCGCUAUUACGUGUUCCGUAUCGUAUGUGAUAAGUAUCGGAACGGACGAGAGAUUAUGUGUCUGGGAGCGCUUUCAAGGACACCUACUACACACUCUACCGACACACAAAACAGCUUACAGCUUACAGCUAGUGAUGCUGACGCAUCAUCUCCUCAUAACUAGCAAUCAGGGAUCAUUAAUAGUCUGGGACGUAAGGACGGGCGAGCCUGUACGGGAAGUGAGAUUGAGUCAUAAGGAUAGUUGCAUUUUCGUGAAGCAAAUGCUGGCGCUGAGGGACAGCGUUGUUUGCGACUACGGCCGACAGCUAAGAAUAGUCAGAUUUCCGUUGGUCUCCGAUAAGUUGGACUAAGUCUUUACAUGUACAUAGUGGUGUUUCUUUUUAUGUAACGUUACUACUCGCAAGGAGGAAGUGUGUCUUACGUUGUAUAGUCUGUAGCUUAUAUAAAAGUUAUAGAUUUUUAUACGAUAUAUAAUGUAUAUACAUCGCGCUUUCUAAAGAGUGAUGCAUAUUUUUGAUGUAAAGUUCUCACGUCUCUCUGAUCAUCCUAUAGUCGUUUUAGAGUAUAUGCGACUUUUACAUGCAAUCGAUACAUGUCUCUAUACCAGAAUAUAUUUUUUACCCGAUGGGACGCAUUAACCGAAUUCUUGGAUUUUUAAUACGAAUUAUGCAUGACACACACAAUCUAAUCAUUAACAAUCUAAUCGAGAAAAUUAAAGAAUUGAAGAUUACGUAGUUACAUACGUUCUACUCAGAAUUCUUGUUAUUUAAUUGAGCUGUAAAGGCAGUUUGAAAAGCAUUUUUUCAGCUCGAUUAAAAUUUGAUACAAUUGUAGUAUCUCUCUUCAUUUAGUAUUUUAUAUAAAAAAUUAAUGGCUGUGUUUUACUUUGGAACGUUUAUUUUCAAUUGUCUAGUAUAAAUGCUCUUCACACAUUCUAGUUAAACGAUUCUUUUAAAUUACUUUUAACGAGGAACAAGAUUGUGUUGAUAUAUGUAUGUAUACAUGCAUAUGUUACAUCAGUGUUGUUCUCUAAUGCAGAGACGUUAAGAUAUUCAAUCACGACAGGCGAGAAAUUUAAUAAAAAAAUACAAAUAUUUUAUUAUAGUGCACAGUGAAUGCGAUAAAAUUACGAAAAUAGUUGUAAGUUUUUGAGACAAUAUUGAUUCUGAAAUUUUCUACGUCACUAAUGAACGAAAUUACGAAAUAGUAGACAAAUUCGGGAAGUUUGUCGAGGAAUCUCUCGGACGUUCGAAAUCGUCGGACUAAUCAUAUAAUUUACCGAUCGAAAUCGUAACAAAUUAUGCUGUAACAAAUUUGUCUUAAUAUAAAGCUUUUAUUUUUACAUCCCGAUAUGUAAAUAUUAUCCUACGGACGAAAUCAAAGUGGAGAUAAUCGGCGUUUUGUACACGUUCUAAAAGUGCCUUUUUACCGUGUCCGUCAUUUUCAUCUUUAUAGUAAAAGAGAAAAGAGAGUAAAAUUGUCAACGGGAGAUUGAUAUGACGAAAACAUGUAAUCUCCAUUCUUUAUCGCAUGCAGUACGUAUUAAGCAAAUUAAACCUGAAAAUAAACAUUAAUUUUCUAUUUAGUUGUAGAGAGAAUUUUGCAAUGUGUAUCUCAUUUAUUUAUCUGAUAACGUUGUGCUGUAGCGAUCGUCCUCAAAUAUGAAGUAUUUAUAUAUGACUAUUAUUAUUAUAUAUAUUUCAUAUAAUAUAAAUUACAUAUAUUUAAUUAAA